UAAAUCAGAUGUUCAAUUCAUCAAAGAUGAACUCGAGAGCAUGAAGGCUUUCCUCAGAGAAGCUGAAGCAAAGGAAGACAAUGAUUCUCAACUCCAAGCAUGGCUAAAGCAGGUUCGAGAAGUUGCUUAUGAUACAGAGGAUGUUCUUGAUGAUUUUACCUUCCGCUUUGCUCGUCGCUACAAGGAUGGAUUCCGUGGCAAGGUUGGAAAGAUCUAUAACUCAAUAAAGAAUCUGAAAGGUCGCCAUCAAAUUUCUUUGGAGAUAAAAGAGAUCAAGGCCAGAUUUGGAGAGAUUUCAGAAAGGCAUCGGAGGUACCUGUCCCAAUAUGGUACUCAAGAGAGAGGCUUCAGCUCUUCCCGACAGGCGAAUGCAGAUUUUGACACUCGUGCUCAAUCACUCUUCAUUGAAGAAGCUCAACUUGUUGGGAUUGAUAAGCCAAAAGCAGAGCUCAUCUCAAAAAUCCUUGAUGACCAUUCCCAAUUGAAAGUAGUUUCGGUUAAGGGAAUGGGGGGACUCGGCAAGACUACCCUGGUGAAAAAAGUCUACGAUGACGCUGCAGUGAAGAAACAAUUUCAGAGCCAUGCCUGGAUAACUGUUUCUCAAACUUUUCAAUUCAGUGACAUCAUCAAGAACCUGAUCCAAUAGUUGUACA